CACACUAGGUAUGAUCUUGGAUUUAUUUUGGUGUGAAAAUUCCGGAGCAUAAAAACAGAAGAGACCCUUGUAUGUGCAAAACCCCCCGAGAGGAGUGCCGGUAAUUCCAAGUCAGCCACCUGUUGAACAUUAUUCAAUCGCCGCAUAAUGGACAAGUUGCGCCGCGUUCUGAGUGGAGAUGAGCCCACUCCGGAGGAGGAGAGCAGUAUCAUUACGCAGAUCAACGACAUGUCCACUUUGAGCUGGUCCACUCGGAUCAAGGGAUUCGUCAUCUGCUUUGCCUUGGGCAUCUUACUUUCCCUACUCGGCUCGGUCGCCCUAUUUCUGCACAGGGGCAUUGUGGUCUUUGCGGUCUUCUACACUCUAGGAAACGUCAUCUCGAUGGCCAGUACCUGCUUUCUCAUGGGUCCCUUCAAGCAGAUCAAGAAAAUGUUUGCGGAAACACGGCUGAUCGCCACCAUCAUCGUGCUCGUCAUGAUGGUCCUGACGUUCAUCGCUGCUAUUGUGUGGAAAAAGGCGGGACUCACGCUUAUAUUCAUUAUCAUACAAUCUCUGGCCAUGACCUGGUACUCGCUGUCGUACAUCCCCUACGCCCGCGAUGCGGUCAAGAAGACCAUGUCGGCAAUUCUGGAGGUCUAGAAUCAGAUGCGCUUCUGUACAUAGCUCGAGAAAAGCCAGAUUGGUUUGUAGCUUAAGCUAAGACAAUUAAAUCUUUUGUAUUGUAUUAACCUAGCACUAGAACAUAGAAUGUCCUUUAUAUUCUCUUAUUAACAAGUACAAUAAUUCC